UACAGGCUCAGUGGUAAACUGUUAACUCACAUUUUCCUCCUGAAACAGUGAGACUGAAGCUCAAUCAUGCUGGCAACCAGGACUUUGCUGUCAAAACAAACCCUGGCUGUUCUUUCUCGCCAGCCUGCCUGCUUUGUUCACCAUGGUGACUAUGGCAACUGGGGAAACACCAAUAUUGCAGUGGUUUUCUCAGGAUGUGGCUGGUGGGAUGGGACUGAUGUCCACGAGGGAGUAUACACCAUGUACCACCUGAGCCGUAACGGUGCUCGCUUCCAGAUGUUUGCUCCAAAUCAGCAGCAGAUGCAUGUGAUGGACCACAUGAGAAAGCAGCCGGCCUCUGGCGAGAACCGGAACAUGAUGAUGGAGGCGGCUCGCUUCAGUCACGGUCAAGGAAUGAUGCAAAUGCAGGACCUGUCCAAGCUGGAUGUCAACAGCUUUGAUGCUGUCAUCUUUCCUGGAGGCCACGGCAUCACCAAGAACCUAUCCUCUUUUGUGAAGGAUGGCAAAGACUGCAAGCUGCAUAACGAUGUGGAAAGGGUGCUUAAAGAUUUCCACCGUUCACGCAAGCCUAUUGGUCUGGCCAGCAUGGCCCCCGUGCUGGCCUGCCGAGUGCUGCCGAGCAUCGAGGUGACCAUGGGCUACGAGCGGGACGACAACACCCGCUGGGGGAACUGGCCUCACACAAACAUGGUGCAGGCUGUGAAGAGCAUGGGCGCUCGCCACAAUGUCCGUGAGCCAUACGAAGCUUAUGUGGACGAGAAGAACAAAGUGGUCAGCACUCCCUCCUUCAUGUGGGAAACUGAGUAUCACUAUCACUAUAUAUUUGAUGGUAUUGGAAAUAUGGUCAAACAUGUCAUGCGCAUGUCAACCAAGUAAUGUGACACUUUGAGGCUGGAGAAGAAAUAGAGAAAGCUGGUGUUUAUGUACGACAUGCACCUCUGUACUGUGAUCAAUUCUUACCUGAAACAAUAUAAAUGCUUUAGUUAAAGAGCAAAUGGCUUGUCGUGUGUAAUUGCUGAUAUUGGUUUAUAUACAGGAAGGGAAACAUGCAUCCAAAUGUGUCCAGAUAACAUCAGAGCAGGUCUGCACACCUGAGGGGCUUAUGGGUCCUGAUCCACCUUCUCAUGGUUUGAACUGGAGGCAUAAUGUCUUAAUCAUGACAGGCAGGGAGGAAUUCAUUGUCCUCACAGUCAACCACAACACAGCUGAUGUUGUAAACUGUAAAUUCAGCAGUUUAAUGACAACUGCUUCUGAUGUUUGGUCACGGCAGGACGCUGCACCACAUAACCCUCAAAUGCACAAAAACCAAUAAGGAUCUACACCUACGGCAGACAAAUGCUGUACACCCCCUUAUUAUUCUCUUAUCUCAUUAACACCACUGACUGAAACUCCAUGAAAAUGAGGCCUGUA